AGUUUUUUGGCUCUCAAAGACUCAAGUAAGAGGUCCAUCAACAAUGACUGGAAAAUUGAACUUCCAGGAGAAUUUGAGCUGGCUGGAACCACUGUGCGCUAUGUUAGAAGAGGAAUAUGGGAGAAGAUGUCUGCCAAGGGACCCACUAAGACUCCUUUAUAUCUAAUGGUACUGCUGUUUCAUGACCAGAGCUAUGGGAUCCACUAUGAGUACACAGUGUCUUUAAACACAGGUCAGAACAGGAGCAGUGAGGAACAAAGGGAACCAGAGUAUCUCUACAUCUGGACACAUAGCAGCUGGCAAGACUGUAAUGUCCAUUGUGGAGGAGGAGAGAGGAGGACAGUGGUUUCAUGUAUGAGGAUAGUCAACAAAACUAUGGAGGUUGUCAACAAUAGUUACUGUCAACCUGAAAACCGACCGCAACCGCAAGUACGUCUCUGCAACACUCACCCCUGCCAGUACCGGUGGAUGACAGGUGAGUGGGGGCCUUGCUCUGUCACUUGCGGUAAAGGUCAUCAGCAGAGGGAGGUGUUGUGUCUUUACCACCUACAGAAUGGUUCAGUCAUCCACACCAGGGACCUGUACUGCCAAGGAGGAAAACCUCCUGUUUUACAGGGCUGCGAGGGCCGCCUUUGCCUCACAGCGUGGGAGGCUUCAGAAUGGUCCAAGUGUUCAUCAAAUUGUGGUCAAGGUGUCCGCAGACGUACAGUGUUGUGUACAAACCCUCAGGGUCUGUGUGAUCCAUUAUCCCAGCCAACUCAAGAAGAAUAUUGUGAGGACUUCUCCAAAUGUUACGAAUGGAAAACCGGAGACUGGUCCAAGUGCUCAUCAUCCUGUGGAAAGGGACUGCAGUCACGGGUGGUUCAGUGUAUGCACAAGGUGACCGGUCGACAUGGUAACAACUGCUCUGUGAUGCUGAGACCACCAACAUAUCGAUCCUGUCACAGUGGGAACUGUGAUGAGAAAAUUAAUGCGAAUACCAUCACCUCCCCUAGGCUAGCUGCUCUGACCUACAAGUGCUUGGGGGACAGGUGGACAGUGUACUGUCAUGUGAUCCGGGAUAAAGACCUUUGUCAGGACAUGAGGUGGUACCAACGAUGCUGUGAAACCUGUCGGGUCUUUUAUGCUAACAAAAUACUGCACAAGCGCUAAUAACCAAAAGCACAUACUCCCUUUUAAAUGUUAUAUAAUACUGAUAAAUAAUCUACAGAAAUUCUUUGGGUUUUUUUUUAUUUAAAACAAAAAAGGUAAGUAUACAUAAAUGUAUACUGGAAACAAGAAUAUUUAGCUUGUAAUUUUAAUGCACAUUAGAAAAUAUCUGAUAUUUUACU